AUGGGUGGAGGAAAAUGGCCGCCGCGGGUGCGCGAGGGAGACGCGGAAGACGAGGGAGGCGUGGAGGCGUCUUGGGAAUUGCUGCCGCUGUCGCCGUCAGGAUCAGACAGUGAACACUCGGACACGGAGCGACUGGAAGACGAGGAAACAAAGCAGUUGAAGGGCGUGGACACGGAACAGUCAGAAAAUAAGAAUGCGGAGCGAUUGGAGCACGGAUUACGAGUGCUGGUUUCUGAUGGAAUCGAGAUUUCAGGCGACGUAUGUGCUCUCUGCGAUAGUGUUGUUGCUGACGUCGACUCCCCGCCUGCUGACGGCGACUCCCUGCUUUCUGACGUUGAAUCCCCACCUGCUGACGUUGAAUUUCUUCCUACUGACGUCGGCUCGCAUCCCGUGGAUGUGGAGCGCCCUGGCGUGCCCGAGACUACGUCAGAUGACGGCCACCUCACGCAUCAGCAGCCAGCUGAUCAGACGGCUGAGCUGACGGCCGAAUUGACGGCUGACCGUCAGCAGCAGGUAGCUGAGGAGACGGCUGGAGAGGGGCUGGUGGCUGCUCCCGUAGCUUGUCCAGACGCCGUUGACGCCACCUCUCACGCUGCGAACGAGGGAGGGGACGGGAGCGAGGGGAUUCUAAGCGAGGGUUGGAAGGAUGACAAGAGUGAAGGAAGUGAGAUACCGCAGGAGCAGGAGAAAACGAGGAGCGUUCUGCUGCUGGUCGAGGCUGAUCUCUCCUCUGCCUCCGCCUCUGGUGCUGCUACCGCCUCUGGUGCUGCUACCGCCUCUGGUGCUGCUACCGCCUCUGGUGCUGCUACCGCCUCUGGUGCUGCUACCGCCUCUGGUGCUGCUGCUGCCUCUGGUGCUGCUGUCGCCUCUGCUACCGCCAGCAGCAACGAUCAGGCGAAGCUGGCUCAGCGCCUGGCUGGCGCUCUGCUGCACAGCGCAGGUGCCACCCCCCCUUCUCCGGGAGGCACAGAUGCAUCGCCCCCAGGUGCCACCUCCCCCGCUCCUCUGCCACUCAGGCCGGCUGUAGGAGAAGGCUCUUUGGGGGGUUUGCCUGCCUUGGGGGAGUUGAGCUCAUCUUUGUUGGUGGUGCCGUUUGCCCCAGCAGCAGCUGAUUUUCUGCUGGCGGAUAUUCUCGCGUCUGGGCUCGAACCACUGCCUGCUGCCACUGCUGACGUGGACAAUUUGAAGACUAGCAGCCAAUCAGCGGAUGCCACCUUAGCGGCAGGUGUCACCUCUUCUUCGUCUUUCAAUCCAGUGCCACCAGUGCACGUGUCAGUGGCUGUGCUUGUGCUCUCUGCAACGGACCUGAACGAAGUCCGGCUAUUGCUGUGUGAAAGGGAAGAGAAAAGGUGUGAGAAGGAGGAGGGGAAGGAGGUGGGGCGAGAUUCUACUGCUGCUGCUGCUGCUGCUGCUGCUCUUGUGAAGCAGCUCCGGGAGCAGUACGAUGUGCUUCGUCUCGCAUUUAGAUACAUCCAAGGCGCUCCGCCCAUUGCUCUCCUUGACACCCACUGCCUCUCACCUGAUACCUUCUCCCACUGCCGUUCCUUCCUCCUCUCCUCGCUGCACCUCCCCUCCUCGUGGCCCGUCUUGUCCAUCCCCUCUCUGCUGAAACCACCUGGCGAGUUGGAUUCACCUGCACCUGCCAAUGCAUCUGAGACCGAAGGAUUGCCUGAGAAAUCACCUGAGGAGGCAUCGGCUGCGCAGGAAUCACCUGAAGAAUCACCUGACAGCAGCAACAGCAGCAGCGUAAUCGAGGAAUCAGCCCGCGUUCUCUGCCCCGCCUCUGUGGGAGCUUUGCUUUGCUCGGUGAUGCACAUAUCUAGCCUCUCACUUGAGCUGAAGCAAGUGGGGAUGAAGAAUCAAGCAGGUGCGCAGGGAGUGGGGAUGAAUCGAGAAGGGGUGAGUGGAGCUGAUGCAAGCAGGUCAACCGAGUCAACUCAGUCAACGCAGCCAGAGGAGUCCAACAAGUGGGCGGCGCUUUGGCACGCAGCAGAUGCCCUCUCUUCCGGCCGGCUCUCCCACACCCUCACCACCGUCACCCCACACCUGCACCACCUGCACCAGAUAGCAUCUGCUCUCAUCGUGUCAACUGCUCCCAUCCGAAAGCAACAAUUUGAAGUGCUGUAA